AUGAGACGAUCACCAUCGAUCACCGUGAGCCUUUCAACAUCACCUGGAAAUUCGGGGAUGAUGGGUUCUUUAGGAAAACAUCAUUUAUCAUCAUCAAAUAAUUCUACUAUUGACAAUAAAUCAAUGACCAACCCGUUAUCAACAGGAGCUAAUGAUUCCGAAAUUUUUCGUAUGGUCAAUAAUGAACAACAACAAGUCAGGACAUCAAACAAGACUAAUUCUGCUCCGUCAAAUUGUACUACUACAACGGAUGAUAUGAAUGGUAGCAGAGAAUUGAAUAGAGUUCAACAAUCAUUUAUUCAGCUUUCAAAUCAAUUGCACCCUCCAUUUAGAUUUAGAUGUAUUGCUCCACAGAUUUUUGUAGGUGCUUAUCCCACCUUGAGAAAUUUACGAUACUUGAAAAGAUUGAAAUUGAAAACAAUAAUUUCAUUAAUUCCAGAAAAACCGAUUACGGAUCUUCGAGAAUUUUGCGACUAUGAAAAAAUUACAAUUUAUCAUUUUCAAACUCCAAAAUACAAGGAACAAGUGUCUCUUUCAUUCAGCGAGGUUUCUACAAUCAUUGAGAUGUUUUUAAACUCAAAAUAUCAUCCUAUUUAUUGUCAUUGCUUGGAUGGAACUCAAGUUUCUAGCGUAUUGGUGAUGUGUUUCCGCAAAUUACAGAAUUGGAGUAAGACAGCAAUGAAAAACGAGCUCUCUCGAUAUACAUCCGAACUUAGUGACGAAGAUUUUGACUUUGUAAAACAAUGGAAAGGACCUGUAAAAAUAGAUAAGAGAUACAUACCGGAUUGGAUCAAGUCAUCUUCAGCAAUUUCACAACUGUUAGUGACACAUGAAAAGAAAAAGAAAAAGCAGCCAAAAUCUAUUCCAUCUCAAGAAGAUAGUGAAGACAAUCAAUAUGUCCUAAAACAUGUGUCUGGCAUCAAGAUAAUAGUGGAAGGAUAUGAAGAGCAUAAUCCAUCUAUCACAGACUCAGCAAGCAGCCAAUCUCCGUCGCAUACUACAAUUAGCGUGAGUUCCAAAGGUUUCAAAAACACAAAACGAAUUGGAACACCAACCAUUGAUUUAACAAAAAUCAAGCCAAAAACAGCUAAAGGAAGGGAACAUACCAAAAGCACUGAAAGCUUGUCCCCCAAUGAAGACAUGGACCAAUUUAAGGACGAAAAAUAUCCUUCUUUUGUGGAAACACAAGCAUCAACGAAGAAGGAAAAGCCAUCGCUUUGCAUUAGAGGUUUAGAUUUGGGAUAUUUGUCUGAAAAACAAAGACAACAAAUGAUCAUUUGGAAAAAUAAGAAGACCACGUUUAGAGACAUUCUGCUUCCUCCAGACAUUGAAGAAUUUUUGAAUGACAUGGAAGAUCCAUUUAUUCACGACGAGUAUUUAUCUUUUUUGGCCAUGGAUUCUGCAAGCUCAUCAAAUAAAUAG